CACGCCCAGGCAAAUGGCAACAUGGACGAUUUCUUUCCCAAAACUGUCCUGGCCAAGAAAAUCGAGAAAUUAAUCCUUGAAGAGUCCACGGAGGCCCUGGUCAGCACCGUGCGGCAGCAAGCCAUGCUCUGCGUCGUGGCCCUGAGCCAGGUGAACCCGCCACUCCACCUGUCCCAGAAGCUGGACCUGGCCACCGCCGGCAUCUCCAGCAUCAUCUCUCUGCCGCCCAUCAUGCCCAGCCUGGACCGCAAGGACAGCGCCAGCCUCUACUCCCAGACGAUCCAGGCCUUGGACGACAUGUUACAGGCUCUUGUGAUGGAGGAUCUGGAGCCGAGCAUGGUCUUCCUGCAGAGCUUCCUGGAGAUUAUCCUGCCUUGCUUGGUGCAGUCGGAUAAAGUGCACGAGCAGACCCGGAUCUUGGGCGCCGUUUCCCGGAUCCUGAGGUUUAUCUGCAAUUUCACCAAGUUGGCAGUGAGUGCCUGGGGUGUGUGAGGCCCCGCAGGGGUCCCUGGAGGGCGGCCACAGCGCCUUGGUCCCCCUGCUCCUGUGAGCUCUGAGCAGGCAGAUACAUCCCAGCCUUGGUGGGGGGCCUUGGCCCGGGGAGCCGGGGGGUGG